AUGGCCGCCCCGCUCUACACGACGGCAUCGGGCCAGCUCUACCACGCCGGCAAGAUCCUCAUUGCCACUGUCGGCCUCCCCGCACGAGGCAAGACGCACCUCUCGCACGCCGUCGAGCGAUACCUGCGAUGGCUCGGCGUAAAGUCCAAGGUCUUCUCCCUCGGCGACCACCGCCGCAAGGUCCUCGGCCGCGUCGAUGUGAUGCCAAAGGAUUACUUCAAGAGCGGCCCAAAGUCGGCAGAGACCGAAGCGCUGCGCAAGCGCAUCCUCGACGAGUUUGAUGAGACCGUCGUCGACUACUACGACCAGGGCGGCCAGGUCGUCAUCUACGAUGCCAACAACGGAAGCCAGGCGAGGAGGUAUGCCAUCCGCGAAAAGUUUGGCAAGCUGGGCAUCCACGUCAUGUUUCUCGAGAGCAUCUGUACCGAUCCGGCCGUGGUCGAGGCCAACGUCAGGAGUGUGAAGCUCAGCAGUCCGGAUUACGUCGGGUGGGACCCGGAGCGGGCGGUCGAGGACUUCUACAGCCGCAUCAAGGGCCAUGAGCAGUUCUACGAGCCCAUCGAGAACCCGUCCUUUCCCUAUAUCAAGCUGAUCAACGUCGGGGAGCAGGUCGUGGUCAACAACAUCCAGGGCUACCUGCAGAGUCGAAUCGUCUUUUUCUUGAUGAACAUCCACAACCGGCAGAGGACCAUCUACUUUGCAAGGGCUGGAGAGGCCCUCAUCGAGCACCUAUACAAGGCAGAUGCGGACCUCUCGUCGCUCGGCUGGGACUAUGCCGACGAGCUGUGCAACUUCGUGGUCACCCUGCGCAAGGACGCGGCGGCAAAGAGCAUCCAAAAGGCCCGCGGCGAGAGUCGCCAAGAGACCGAGGCGCGGCGCGACAAGCCGGGCCAUGGACCGGGCGAGGAGCUGAGGACGCUCGAGGUAUGGACGUCGGCAAGGCGGAGGUCAUCGCACACGGCCUACCCCUUCACCGAAAAGGGCUUCAAGGUGAUUGAGAGGUCGCAGCUGAGCGAGAUGAACCCGGGCAUCGUGGACGGCAUGAGCGAGGAGGAGAUCCGGAAGCGGUACCCAGACGAGUGGGAGCGAAAGCUGCGCGAGCCCUACUCGCACCGCUUCCCGCGCGCGGAAAGCUACCACGACCUGUCGGUCCGUCUGGAGCCAAUCAUCUUUGAGCUGGAGCGGGCAAGGAGCGACGUUCUCAUCAUUGGCCAGUCGUCGGUGCUGCGCUGCCUCAUCGCCUACUACCAGGGCCUCCAACCCCACGAGAUCCCUUCGAUUCAGGUGCGCGAGGGGGAGCUCGUCGAGAUUUCGCCCCAGGCGUACGGGGUCAAGACUGUGACGCACCAGUUCUGGGAUCCGGUGGCGCGACGCAAGGAACGCGACGCGGUCUUUGAGGCUGAGGACCAGACGGCUGCCAACGCCGCCCGGCAGGACGAGGCGGCCAGCAUCCACGACGAGAGGGAGCAGAACCGCACGGCCAACCGCGAGGGCAUGCCGCGGUGGGCGCAGCGGAGGAGCAGUUCGGCCAAGUCGCCCGAGGGCAUCCGGGCGGAUCGGGCCGCCAUCCGAGAGCUGGAGCAGGAGCUCAAAGACGCAGAGAUGCUGCGCGACUACGAUGUACAGAUCGCGCGCUGA